CUUCCCCCCUCCCUCCCUCCCUCUUGGCCAAGUCCUUGAAGGGACACGAAGACGGCAGCCUGGCUGAAAGUACCGGCGGGUUGAAACUGACUAGACCCCCGCCGCUGAGCGCCAAGCAAGCCGGGCUGAAAUUCAGCGGGCCGCCGCCGCCUCCGCCAGCUUCGUCCUCUUUCCCCCCGCUGGCCCUCUCGGCCUGGGGGGCCUCGCUCUUCCCUCCUGGCUUUGUGGAUGUCCCGAUGAGAGAUCCAGCGUUCCCGGGGGCUGCGAUGGCUUACCACCCCUUCCACGCGCCCAGGCCAGCCGACUUCCCCAUGUCCGCCUUCUUAGCGGCCGCCCAGCCUUCGUUCUUCCCGGCGCUGGCUCUGCCUCCCGCCGCCCUCGCCAAACCCUUGACGGAUCCCAGCUUGGCUGGAGCCGCCGCCGAGGCCGGCUUGCACGUCUCGGCUCUCGGACAUCAUCACCAGGCUGCCCAUCUGCGGUCCCUGAAAAGCUUGGAGCCGGAAGAAGAGGUGGAAGACGACCCCAAAGUCACGCUGGAAGCUAAAGACCUUUGGGACGAGUUCCACAAACUGGGCACCGAGAUGGUGAUCACGAAAUCGGGAAGACGGAUGUUCCCUCCUUUCAAAGUGCGGGUCAGCGGCCUGGAUAAGAAGGCCAAGUACAUCCUGCUGAUGGAUAUUGUGGCCGCCGACGAUUGUCGCUACAAGUUCCACAACUCGCGUUGGAUGGUGGCCGGCAAGGCCGACCCGGAGAUGCCGAAGAGGAUGUACAUCCAUCCGGACAGUCCAGCGACGGGCGAGCAGUGGAUGGCCAAGCCAGUGGCCUUCCAUAAACUGAAGCUCACCAAUAACAUAUCAGACAAGCAUGGAUUUACCAUCCUCAAUUCCAUGCACAAGUACCAGCCUAGGUUCCACAUAGUCCGAGCGAAUGACAUCCUCAAGUUACCAUACAGCACUUUCCGAACAUAUGUCUUCCCCGAAACCGACUUCAUCGCGGUGACAGCUUACCAAAAUGACAAGAUCACCCAACUGAAGAUCGACAACAACCCUUUUGCAAAAGGAUUUCGAGACACAGGGAAUGGGCGGAGAGAGAAAAGGAAGCAGCUGACUCUGCCUUCCCUGAGGAUGUAUGAGAAUCCCUGCAAGCAGGACCGAGACGGGGGAGAAUCCGAUGCAUCAUCUUGCGAACCUGCCCCUGUGCGAGAAUGUCUUCACUCUCCAUUGGCGACAACCCCCAGUCCUUUACAGGUCCAUCGAAACAGCAGAGGUGAGGAUCUUUUUUUUGGGGGGGGGGGGUUGCAGGAUCCCCAAGGG